CUGUCCGAUUCCAUCGAGGGCAUCACCCAUUCCCUGUGCACACUGGAGUUUGAAGACCACCGCCCCCUGUACGACUGGUGCCAGGAAGUGUUGGGUGUUUACCGCAGCCGACAGAUCGAAUUCGCCCGGCUCAAUCUGACCCACACCGUCAUGAGCAAGCGUAUGCUGCGCCGAUUGGUCGAAGAAUCCCACGUCUCGGGGUGGGACGACCCCCGGAUGCCCACCAUCAGCGCCCUGCGUCGCCGUGGUUUCACCCCCGAAUCAAUCCGCGACAUGUGCGAACGGGUCGGGGUGGCCCGACGCAACACCGUAACCGAGCUGGCGUUGCUGGAGCAUUGCCUGCGGGAAGAUUUGAACCGCCGCGCGCCCCGGCGCAUGGCCGUGCUGAACCCGCUAAAAGUGGUAAUCACCAACUACCCUGAAGGCCAGAGCGAAUGUUUCGUGGCAAUCAACAACCCUGAAGACGCCGACAUGGGUACCCGCACCGUGCCGUUCAGUCGCGAACUGUACAUUGAGCGGGACGAUUUCAUGGAGGACCCGCCGCGCCGUUUCUACCGUCUGGCACCCGGCCGGGAGGUAAGGCUCCGUUACGCCUGGCUGGUGACCUGUACCGACGUGGUCAAGGAUGCCGACGGUACUGUCGUGGAGGUGCACUGUACCUACGACCCGGACAGUCGCGGCGGCAACUCAGACGGUCGUCGGGUCCAAGGCACAAUCCAUUGGGGUUCUUCGGCCCACGCCGCGCCGCUGGAAGUGCGCCUGUACGACAACCUUUUCACCGACCCCGCUCCGGCCACCGCUGCCUCGGAAUCGGACCGCGAUUUUACUGACCUGAUCAGUCCGGAUUCUCUGGAAGUCAUAACCGCGCUGGCCGAACCUGCGCUGGCCGGCGCCAACCCCGGCGACCGCUACCAGUUCGAGCGUUUGGGGUACUUCUGCGCCGACAUCGUUGACUGGACUCCAACCCCGGGCGCGCCGGUAUCGAAACCGACGCGUCACCUGCGCGCCAGCUGGGCCGCAGUACAAUCGUCAGCACGCGUCACCGCGGUCCGGCGCACGACCAUGUUGCCUCGCCGACAUCUGUGCACUACUACCACGUUGAGGAGGAUCUAA